CUGGUCUGAGCCCCCGCGCCACCGCGUAAAAGGCGGUAAAAUCUCACAAUCUAUUCCCUUACAAAAUCUAAGAGGUUUCCAGCAAAACGUUUACAGGAUGUUUUGAUGACCAAUUAUGUGUUACAAAAUAAUACCCUCUUAUUCUUAGUAGCAUGAAACUUGGAACUGCAAGGACUUCUUCGUUUUUACUCCAUUUCCAUCAGUUUUUGCGGCAAUGUUCUUCAGUCCCCUCAAUAACUCCAGCACAAUCGCUUCAAGAAAGCAUUAGAGCUGCAGUUGAAUCAAAGUCAUAUCAGAAACUUCCAGAUUUGUUUCCUUCUUUACAAGAAGCUUGCCAAAACCCCAAUCCUUUCUCGUUUCUCUCUACUUUUCCUGUUAACUUUAGAACACACGUUGUGGAUGAGAUAUUGCAAUCUUUAAUCCCUCUCAGACCUCGCUCAAGGCCACAGUUUGUCCAUGCCUCUCUGCUUUUCUAUACUCUUCAAAGCCCUUCACCGCUUCCCCUCUCUCUUCCAGUUCUCCAGCGGAUUCUCCACUCUGGUUGUGUUCCUGUCCCUCAGACCCACCUUCUCCUCUCUUCUGUAUGGCUAAAACAACGUCGCCAGUCUAAGUCUGUUGCUAGCAUCUUGUUGAACAUGCGGUCGAUUGGAUAUGAGCCUGAUAGCAGCAUAUGUAAUUAUCUUAUAUCCUCUCUUUGUGCCAUUGAUGAGUUAGCUGAGGCAUUUCAAGUCUUGAAGGGUAUGGGGGGAGCAGGAUGCGUCCCUGACUUGGAGAGUUAUGGCACUUUAAUUAGUUCAUCAACAGCAGUUAGACGGACAGCUGAGGCAGUGGAACUGCUGAAAGAAAUGGUUGUAAAAGUUAAGUUGACACCAAGACAAGGAACGGUCAUUAACGUUGUGGCUGCAUUACGAGCAAACCGAGAGAUAAGGAGAGCAGUUGAGAUCAUUGAGCUGUUGGAGAAGGAGAGUUACAAUGUUGGAUUUGAGAGUUAUGAGAUUCUUGUUGAAGGUUGUCUGGAGUGUCGUGAGUAUAUUUUAGCAGGAAAGGUGGUCAUGGGGAUGACAGAGAAAGGGUAUAUACCAUAUAUCAGGGUCAGACAUAAGGUUGUCGAGGGGCUGGCUGGUAUUGGAGAGACGGAACUGGCAUCUGCUGUGAGACGCAGGUUUGCUGAGUUGAGGUCUUAGUGAGUCCAGUUUUUUUGAUGAACUGAAAUGCUUUGUACAUGAAGCCACCAUUGCAUCCCUGGUUCCCCGAGAUGACAUCACGGUCGACAAGCUCUUGUUCUGAUUGAGAGACCAAUGUGCCUGUUUUUAUUUUGCUAAUGCCUUCCACAGCUGCUCUGGCCUGAUUUUGCUCACUAGAAGAUCGCUUCCGCCUUGGGUGGAGCCACGCCUUAUUGGGUGAUGACUUGUGCAGUUUCUUGUUGGCUAGACAGGGUUGAUCUGUUAACGACUCUAUCGCCUUCCUUGAGGCACCGAUGAUGAGUUGAAGCUUAGGCUCAGAUGCACCAUUCAAUAAUGUGUUUGAUGAGGAGCCAUUUAGGUGAUGAAAUUCACUAUAACGAAGAUGAUCAGCCCAUAUCGUUGGAUCAGGACAGCAAUGAGAAAGACGUAGAGGGAGAAUUACCAAUUCCAAAUGAGUCCAGAGGUAAAUUAAGAGCGAGUUUUAGUGCGUGUUUGAGAGCAAUUUUAAAAUAGUUAAAAUCAUUUCAAAACAUAAUUUCAAAAUAUAUAUUUCAUAUUUAUUAUCUUUAACUUAUAGAAAUUUAGCAUUUUAACUUGACAUGUUCAUUCAUACAAGAGCCGUUAAUGAAAUAGA